GCUUCGUGCUGGGCCUCAUUGAGCAGCUGGUGGUCCUGAUGGUGGCAGAGCUCAGAGAGCCAUGGUUGGCAGAGUGUGGAGGGGCUGCCUGCUGACUGUGCUGCUCCUGCUCCCUCUGCUGGUCAGGGGUCUCCGCAUUCAGGAAUAUCUGUAUUUCCAAGUCCUGAGUCCUGGUGACAUUCGCUAUAUCUUUACUACAACCCCAGCGAAGGAUUUUGGAGGAGUCUUUAGCCAGAGGUAUGACCAGAUCCAUUUGGUACCAGCAGAUCCUCCAGAAGCCUGUGGAGAACUGAGUAAUGGGGCUUUCAUCCAGGGGCAGAUUGCGUUAGUGGAACGUGGGGGCUGUUCCUUUCUGUCCAAGGCAAGAAUAAUCCAAGAGCAUGGUGGCCGUGCAAUUAUUAUCACCGAUAAUGCUUCAGAGAAUGACAGCUUCUACGUGGAAAUGAUCCAAGAUAACUCCGGGAGGACAGCGGACAUCCCGGCCUUGUUUCUGCUGGGGAGAGAUGGAUACAUGAUCCAGCGUUCCCUGGAGCAACAUGGACUUCCGUGGGCAGUGAUUUCCAUUCCUGUGAAUGUCAGUAGUAUUCCUACCUUCGAACUCAGGCAGCCACCCUGGACAUUCUGGUAGAAACCUGUCCCCAGUCCACUGUAGCUUUUCGGCCAUUCUCCUCUGUUUAAAGCUGAUACAUUUUUAUAUGUUCAUUGUACAUUUGAAGAUUCUUGAUUCAUGAAGUUGUUUUUUUUUAAUCCAUCAUUUUUCUUCCAAAACCCCACAUUUUCUCAGUGUAAAGUACACAAUCCAUGUUUAUGAUAGAGGUUACACCAUUUUAAUUCAAAGUCAAACCCACUUAACAUUGUACUGUUUCCCAUGGACAAUCACUAGACAUGUAUGGGCAGUCACAUUUGGCUACAGGAGAAUGAACCUGCAUUUAAGGAACACUCCAGCUCUUCAGCUUGCUCACGUAGUUAGGAGUUAACUGAAAUUCCCCCUAGUCUUAUUUUAUUAAAGAUAUGCAUUUUUAUAAAAGUCUUUAGUACCCUACCUCACAUGUUUUGAAUGCCCAUUGAAAGCAGAAGGCAAUGUUUCUAGUGAAGCACCAUAUAUCUCCAAUGCUUCUCUGAGGAGCAUUGGAUUGGACCGGAUAUCGUGUUGAUCUCACAGUGAAAGAAGCCUACUGUUUUGCCAAAGAGACCAUCUUGGCAAUGGGGGAAAAGCAAGGUGUUUUAUUAUAUAAACGGGGGCCACGAAUUGGGCUUUUACUGGAUCUUUCUUGGAUCACCUGGAGCAAUCCAUAUUUAAUAUUAUUAGAACUGCUUUCUUUCGGUCGGUCCAGGCCCUAUACAUUGUCUCAAGUCCACUUCUCUUAUUUUAACACUUCCUCUGCAAUUACUGCUGGUGAUACUGUUAUUCAUUAUCCCUAGAGGCACCAGUGACUCACCCUCACAUGCAAAGCAGCCUGAGAGAUAUCAUGCACUCUAAAGUUUGGGUGCUGUAUGUUCAUUUUAGUUAAGUAUAUGAAGCCGAGUUUGAACAACUGGCCUCUGUAAACUGAGCUAUGAACUAGAUAAGCACAACUUUUAUCAGUCCCAAAACAUUCCAUUUUUAGUCAAAUUAAACUUCCGCAAGAGAGAGAAGGUACGAGAGUACUGUCUAGGCCCUAGUGCAAUAUGUGAGGAGGACAUUCCUUGUUUAAAGAAUAGAUUCUGUAAAGCAAGCUAAUUCAACUAAUUCCACAGAAAACUUGUACAAAAAAAAAUAAUAAAAAAUAAAAAUAAUUAAGAGAUCUCUGUAAUACUGUAGCAGUUCCUCAAUUCUUCUCCCCUUUAAAUCAAAUGGCAUUGAUGUGUCACCUCUGUAAAUACAGUAGAAGAACAUUCUACUCCAAUCUAUGGCAGACUGUCUGGAAAAUCAGCCAUACUGUCAGAAAAAUGUGCUUCCAAGGCUCAGGGCGUUAUCAUUUAAAGAAGUUGAAGGGUAGACGCUGUGCAAAUACCAUCUCUUUGUGCUUAGAACAUUAAGAACCCUUGAAAUCCAUAAGAAUUCCUGUAGGCAUAGCCCAAGCCUAUGUUCAGUUGCCUACAAUCGUAUUAUAAAAAUUUGAACUUUUCCCAACAAAUGAAAUAUGUAAUCUUAUAAUACAUGCCAUUUAGGUUGUUUAUGAAGCUGCUUUUGAGGAUUGUCAUUUUACAACUUGAAAGUUUCUGAUUUUUGAUACCACCGGCACAAUCUUGCCUAUUAUUCAGAACUUGAUUGAGAGCCAUAUUUUGUAUGCGUUAAAUGGUAUGGUAACUGAGCUGAAUGUUUUUUGUUUUUUAAAUAAAUCGUGAUUGUAUAUAA